AUGUCGACCCCUACAUCCGCCAUAAAGUCCAUGGACGCCGGCCGUCGCGAUGAUGGCCAGCAACCACAACCAACGCUGCCUCUCGUCCCAGAGCCUCGACUCUCGACCCCCGCCAGCCGCGAAAGCUCCUCGACCGUCCAGAAGUCGCCGGGCGGCUCAGAUUCUCACGGCAGCAGCUUCCCUACAUUUGCCAAGAAGACGCCCACGAAGCUCACCCGAACUACCACGCCGAACGCAAAGGAUAUCAAGCCCGUCAAAGCCUCGCCCGCCGCUGUCCAAUCCCCCGCCGCAAUUGACCCGCUAUCCCAGCUCCGGAGACGACCCGAUAGUCCGGCCCUCGACCCUGAGCAGCCACCAAAACUUCCACUACAUGCUUUCGAUGCCAACAAAGACAAAAGGAAAGGACCGUCAUUCUUGAGCCGGCUGAGCAUGCGAGGCGGACGUCGACGCGACGAUGACGAGGAUUCUGUCUUCAGUGACCACCGUAUCGAUGGGACGAACGCCCCAGCCUUUUCUUCUGUCAUUGGCUCGGGGUACAUACCUCACCACAAGGAGCCACCGCGAUACAUCCGCGUCAAGGCACGCAACAAGAAAACUCGAGAGUUCAACCGAAUGUUCCUCGCCCAAGAGCUUUUGAUCCCACGAAACGAAACACACGACGAUAAGAGCACGACCGUGUCAGUGUCGAGCGACACCAGGCGACCGAACAAUAGCGGAGCUGUCUGGGCCACUGAGUUCAGCACCGAUGGCAAGUACUUUGCUGCCGCAGGAAAAGAUCAAGUCGUGAGGGUUUGGGCUGUGAUUUCCACGCAUGAGGAGCGACGGCGGCAUGAAGAAGAAGAAAACGCCAACCAUGGUGAAAGACUGAGCGCGCCCGUUUUUCGAAGCAAGCCAGUACACGAAUUCCACGGACAUACCGGCGAGGUUCUUGACCUCAGCUGGAGCAAGAACAACUUCUUAUUGUCGUCGUCGAUGGACAAGACAGUGCGUCUCUGGCACAUCAGCAGAAAGGAGUGUCUUUGCACGUUCAAACACAAGGAUUUUGUCACCUCGAUUGCCUUUCACCCCACCGACGACCGGUUCUUCCUCGCGGGAUCCCUAGACUCGACAUUACGUCUGUGGAGCAUCCCAGACAAGUCAGUGGCCUAUUCCGUUCAGUUGUCCGACCUCAUCACGGCAGUGGCCUUUUCGCCCGAUGGGAAGACGGCCAUCGCUGGAGGCCUCUCGGGAAUGUGUAUGUUCCAUGACACCGAGGGCCUCAAACAAACCACUCAGCUGCAUGUCCGUUCAUCCAGGGGCAAGAAUGCUAAGGGAAGCAAAAUCACCGGCAUCAAGACGAUGAUGUAUGAUGGCGAGGCCAAGGUCUUGAUCACGUCGAACGAUUCGAGGGUUCGCAUUUAUGAUCUGCGCGACAAGACCCUGGACUCCAAGUUCAAGGGUUACGAAAAUACCUGCAGCCAGAUUCACGCCGAUUUCAGCGACACCGGACAUUGGAUCGUUUCUGGAAGCGAGGACAAGAGAGUGUAUAUCUGGUCGGUAAAUUCUGCCGAGUCGGAUAAGGACAAGCCAUGCGAGUAUUUCGAAGCGCAUUCUGAUCGAGUAUCAACGGCAGUGUUUGCACCAAAAAAGUCACGGCAGCUUCUUGGCGGUUCGGGGGAUCCUCUAUACGACCUUUGUAAUCCUCCGCCGGUGACUCUUAUGAGUCUUGAGGAGUCCAUCGCUAGCCAAACGGGCAAUUCGGACGACGAAAGACCGCAAAUCAAGAAGCCUGAGGAAUCACCAGCAUACAUUGAAAAGUCGAAGCACUAUGACGGCCAAAUUCUGGUGACUACGGACCAAUCUGGAGUUAUCAAGGUUUUCCGACAAGAUUGCGCAUACCUUAAGCGCCGACAUGAAAACUGGGAAACCGGCUCGACCUUUUCUCGCCGGCUGGGAGGCAGCGUUUUGGGACGUAGCGGAAGCGUCGCAACGCGUACGAGCGUCGGCAGUCAUCCCCGAUCUCGCCGCGGGUCAAUGUCACGCCUGGCGGCACCUGGCGCUGCUCAGCUAAGCUCCGAUAUUAACACUUGGCGUCAUGGAAUUGAAAAUGGUCGUCCAACCUCGGUGAUCAUCACUCCAUCCCAAAGCGAGCGCUCGACGUCGCCGACUAAGACUUCGCACACGCCCAUCGACACAAGCACUGCGAAUCUUGCGUCUGGGGCUCGGAAAAAACCGUAUAGCGCGUCGUCGCAGCCGACACGUCCGCAACUCCCGGCCAGUCCCACGUCGAGCCGGGCUUCCCGCGACCGAGCUCCGUCCAUCCCCCCUACACCGAGUUUCUCGUUCGUAUCGGCAGAUGACGAUGAGAGCGACGAGCUGCGGCUUGAUCCCGCAGGGGCCAGCUAUUCUUUUUGGAACUUGAACCGAUGGAAAGGCAUCUCAUCUCUGAGGUCCUCGGUAUCAUUCAGCAACAUCAACACAUCGCAGGCGCAAGUAGGACAGGGGCGAAACAGCAUGAGCACGGCCGAUACCACACAGACAACCAUUAGCAAUAAUACCAAGGCUUCCAGACGCAAGAGUAUCGGCCCCGUCGUGUACAACAAGACGGUUGAGGAAGAGCAAAACGGUACGACGAAGAUUAUAGAGGACACGACCGCCAAGGCAGAGGGAGAUGGCCAGCUUCUGCGACCAGUUGGCAAUAGGUCCGACAGUCGGACCCGUAAUUCUGUUAUCAGCCGUUUGAGCUCCGAGUACAACAGCGAGGACGGCGAGCAACUCUCCUGUCAGAAAUGCGCGAGCAAGGACUUCAAGGCAAAGAGAGUGGGGGGCAGGCAGCGGCUCAUUUGCGUAAAGUGUGGCAAGCUAGUUGACGACGGCAUGCAAUAA